UUGCAAUUCGAGAUGCGGCGUCUACUCUUCGUCGUCUUCCUUGGGAUUUCGCUGUGCAGCCGAGACGCUGGGGCUGCUUGCUACGUCUGCAACUCGGUCAGCAAUGUGGCUUGCAUCUCGGAAAGCCAGUUUCAGUUCUGUGCAAACAAUCAGCCAAUUGGACCCAUCAACUCCUGCCCGGCGGGCAGCUACUGCACCAGCCAGUCGACGAUUUGCAACCAGAGCCCAGCACUUAGAGCCUGUGGCAGCUGUGGCGAGUGCAAUGAGCAAGGCGUCUUUGCCUGCACUGGGCCACGCACCUUUGCCCUGUGCCUGGGCGGUCGUCGGCCCUCGAACAUGACGUCCAGCUGCACUGGCGAUCUGGUGUGCAACAUGUAUCUGCCGCAGAUAUGCGGCAAUGCAGCAGUGACAAGUGCCACAUGCGCUGAGCAGGCAACAACCACAGAGCCAAUCACCACAGCUAGCACCACAACGGAGAGCACCGCCCUGUCCCCAGACGCCUUCUGCCGUGCUUCCUUCAAGGGUAUUCCCAUCCAUGCCAUUCCCAAUGACACCGUUUGCACCAGCUACAUCUACUGUCGUUUCUAUAUAAAUACAUGGGUGGGUCGCAUUAUGGAUUGUCCUGCAGCGAAUCCCUACUUCAAUGGCUGGACUCGGUGCUGCGGCACUGUAAAAGCCACUCGUCCCGGCUGUCUGCAAGGAUAAAUGUGCAGCGUUAACAAGUUGAACUUGUUUUUAAACAAAAUUAAUACCAAACAGGGUAUACAAAAUACUUUUAUAUGCCCACUCACUAGUUCUACGAAUUUCACUUCUAUUAAGAUAAGAUAUUUUCAGCUUGUGAUAGCCAUUAAGUUUAUAGCUUAUGAAGGUAUGCAUUAUACAUAUAUACAUUAUACCUUACUAUAGAUCUCUUGUUUACGUUUAACUCGUAUUUAUCUAAAUACACACAAUAUAUAUACAAAUAUA